AUGCAGUCUCCUCCCAUCAUUGCCGAGGGCCUCGGCGCCCCUCUCUUUGGGGCCUACACAGUCCCCACCUUCAAGUUCCAGCCUCGCAGGGAGACUGUGGAUUGGAGGCGCCUUAGCGCCCUGGAUGUGGAGCGUGUGGCUCAAGAUCUGGACGUGGCCGUCCUGCAGGAGAACAUUGCUGGCGUCACCUUCUGCAACUUGGACCGCGAGGUGUGUAGCCGCUGUGGGCAGCCCGUGGAUCCGGUGCUGCUCAAAGUGUUGCGUCUGGCUCAGCUCACCAUCGAGUACCUGCUGCACUGCCAGGACUGCCUGAGCGCCAGCGUGGCCCAGUUGGAGGCCCGGUUGCAGGCCAGCUUGGGCCAGCAGGAGCGAGGCCAGCAGGAGCUGGGCCGCCAGGCUGAUGAGCUCAAGGGUGUGAGGGAGGAGAGCCGGCGUCGUCGCAAGAUGAUCGGCACCUUGCAGCAAUUGCUCCUGCAGACGGGCGCCCACAGCUACCAUACGUGCCACCUGUGUGACAAGACCUUCAUGAAUGCCACCUUUCUCCGGGGCCAUAUCCAGCGCAGGCAUGCGGGCACUGCUGAUAGUGGAAAACAAAGGAAGCAGGAGCAGCCUGUGGAGGAUGUGUUAGAAGAGCUGAGGGCCAAGCUGAAGUGGACUCAAGGUGAACUGGAAAUCCAGAGGGAGGCUGAGAAACAGCGGCAGCUCCAGGAAGCAGAGAUUAUUCAUCAGAGAGAAACAGAAGCUAAGAGAGAAUUUGAUGAAUGGAAAGAGAAAGAACGGGCCCAGCUUUAUGGAGAAAUCGACAAGCUAAAACAUUUAUUUUGGGAUGAAUUUAAAAAUGUUGCCAAUCAUAACUCUACACUAGAAGAGAAACUACAGAAACUGCAGUCUCAUAAUGUGAUGGAGUCCAACCUUGGGUCACUGCGUGAUGAGGACUCUGAAGAGCAACUUAGACAGGUGCAGAAGUUCCAGGCCCUGAAGGAGAAGAUGGACCUUCAGAAAGCAGAAUGGAAGAGAAAAAUGAAGGAACUGCAAGAGGCGCACACAACUCAGAAGAAAGAGCUGCAGGAGGAGAAUGAGAGGCUACAGGCCUCACUGUCUCAGGAUCAGAGGAUUGCCACUGCCCAAGCCCAGCUCCAGAUUGACAUACUGCGAAGUAGGCUGCAGGAGCAGGCUAGGCUCAUUGCUUCCCAGGAGCAGAUGAUCCAGACUCUGACCCGAAAGAAGGCAGAGGAGACUCCUGAGGGUCCGAAGGCUGUGGACAUGGAAGAAGAGUCUUCUGAAGAAGAGCUGAACUCCCGGGAUGGACAGCAGAAGAUUCUGGCAGCUUUGAGGCAAAACCCCACCUUGCUGAAGCAGUUCAGGCCAGUCUUGGAGGAGACCCUGGAAGAGAAGCUGGAGAGCAUGGGAAUCCAAAGAGCUGCAAAGGGAAUCUCCCUUCAGACUCUCAAACACCUGGAGUCUAUCCUGCGAACCCAGCGGGAACAGAAGGCCAGGAGGUUUUCUGAAUUUUUGAGUCUGAGAAAAAAGCUCAUCAAAGAAGCCACUGACAGAGUGAAGGGGAGACAGACGGACAGGGCCAAUGAGCCAGAUGAAGAACCUCCUGCUGUGCUCGAUUCCAGCAAAGAGCAACCCCACUGUUUGGAGGCCCACUGCCCCUGGUCAGUGCAGGUAGAUAGGCCCAGGCUUGGGAGCAUCACGAAACCAGCUGUAGGAGGGGGUAGAAUAAAGAGGAUCUGUGUAUCUGGGCAACGGGUUUUCAUAGACCCCCAAAGUGUUCGUUCAGCCCACAAAACAGCAGAUAUGUCUCUGCAGAGAUUAGAGUGGCAGCUUCUGUUCAUGACGGAUGUGAGGAGGGCCAGCAGAGAACACGCCAGUUCUGUGCUCUUGACCCAGCCCGGGAUCCCUCUGCGAGUGCCCGCUCUUGGUAGGGGCGAAGCUGUGGGAUCCGCUUCUGCCAUUGACGGGCUUGACUUGGCAUCAUGCCCCCACGGAAUCGGCGCCUCUCCCGGGCCCGUCGGUCCCGCGGCGUCCUCUGGUGGCCAAAGCGCCUUCCUGCCGGGGGGAUCCAGGUCGGAGGAGCCGGGCCAGCAGGGGACGGCCUUGAACUUGGAGGAACCCGGGAGACCCACCUGGGGCUCGGUCCUCCGUGCUCUCAGGAGCAGGAGCCCGCAGAUCUUCCCGGUGGCCCGGGAGGCCCCGCCUGUGGUGCCGAGGUCCCGGCCCGCGGAGCCCCCUAGGAUCGACCCUCCAAGCCGCGGCGGCAUCCGCACUGGCCAGGCCCCGGCGCCCACCCCUGGCCCAACCCGCAAAACGGGGCCCCCCAGCGCCCCCGCCGUUCCAGGGUUCGGCCUGAGCACCCCCCCUUUCAGCUCUGAAGAGGACUCCGAAGAGCGAGAGCGGCUUGUGCCCCCCCAACCCCCAAGGGGCCCCUCCAGGAUGGGGCUCAGGCCGGAGGAGGACUGGGACUGGUCUGACACCGACUCUUCAGAGGGCCUGGGCCCUGGCUCAGGCGCAAUCUCUUCAGGAACACUGGUGAAGUCAAUGGUCAAAAACCUGGAGAAGCAUCUGGAAACUCCUGUGAAGAAGCCUGCUGGAGGGGUCAGUCUGUUCUUACUGCCCAAGGCAGGGCCACAGAAAGCUGCUGCUCCAGGGAGAAAGACGCAGCUGUCUGACGAUGAGAGUGACUUGGAUAUUUCCUCCUUGGAAGAGCUCACACAGGACCACAGAGAGAAACCAAAGCCCUUGACUCGCUCCAAGUUUCCAGAGAAGUUUGGUCCUACUGCUUGGAAUAUCAGUCAACCCCGAGUUCCUGGCUGGUGAUUGUGCCCCACGGCCUCAUUCAUAGCUGUUUAGGGUUAGCUCAGGACUCACACUGCAGGAGAGGAUGUCAGGCUUCUUGUCUCAGGAACCAACAGAAGGAGAGAAGCAGUGUGAUGGUGAAUACUAUUUCUCCCCUGCUAAGGGCUCUGUAAUGGGUUCUGAUUACAGGGUCAGGGAGCCAUAGGUCCCAUGGCUUAGAAAGGGUUAAAACAGGACAUCCAAGCAUUCUCCUUCCUCCAACUCUAUAUUCACUGCAAAUCAGUUAUUGCCAUUUGGUCUCUUCCUAUUUCAUAUAUGGGGACAUUCCAUGGAGAGGUCACUUUUGGAGGCAUUUAGAGACAUAUGCCUUAGCCACUCAAUAUUAUCCAAAGUCUUUUACUGAGUGUUG